GUAACUAAGCACUUAAGCAGUGUGUAAUUGAAAUUACUUGCAUUGUUGUAACGUUUAAAAAGUCCAAUUUUGGUCUAGGUACCUACGUAAUUUCUAUUGUGAGUGUUUAGAAGUUAUAUAUUUUCACUUUUACAAUCGAGUUAUUUGCCAAGGAAGAAUUAUUCAAAUUAGAUCGAUCGUGUUCGAAGCUCAAUUUUGAUUUAAGGACCUAGCUCGUGUGUGAAGUAUGUCGAAUUGUACCAGAAAUGCAGAAAUUGAAGGAUCCAGCAAUUAUUCAAUGUUCGAUAAAAAAACCUGUUCUUACUUCUGGACAAUCCAUAACUACUCGUAUCACCCACCUGAAAAUCGUUUUAAAACUUACAAAGCCAUUGGCGAUGAUUUCAAAUGGCGUUUGAAACUUUUUAGGGAUCAGCUUGGGAAGCUCUACGAUGGGAUUUUAAUCAGGCUAUGUCCUCAUUCCGACGAUGAUUUAAAAAAAAUACGGUAUAACACUUUGUCCGGAAACUUGAAGAUUACAUUGAUGGGAAAUGAAGGUAGGUGGAACCGUUCUGCUGAAGAUUCCUUUGAGCUUGGCUUUGCUGGUUCUAGAUUGAACCGAUUCUUUGAUCUGUAUAUUUGCGGUACGAGUGAAAUGAAUGAGCUGGCACAGCCAAGUAAAUUAUUUGUUUGGUGCCACAUAGAAUACAAGAAAAAAUCCAGGCUUUCCGAGUCGAGCUUUUCACGUGACCUCGAACGCAUUCGCAUAGAUGAAGAUUUCAGCGAUGUGACUAUUUCAGUUAAUGGUAAAAAUUAUCCGGCUCAUAAAGUGAUCUUAGCCGCGCACAGUUCGGUUUUCAAAGUCAUGUUCAAAAAUGAUAUGCAAGAAAGCCAGAAAAAUUAUAUUAUAAUUACAGAUAUGGAACAAGAAACAUUCGAAGAAAUGCUACACUACAUUUACACUGGGGAGAUGCGAAAAUUGGACGAAUGGGCCUUUGAAUUACUGCCCGUUGCGAAUAAAUACGACCUGAAAGAACUAAAAAUUGCCUGUGAAGAACUUUUGCUCUCAAAAAUAUCUGCAGACAAUGUAGGCAAGAUUUUAGUACUGGCAGAUAUGCAUAAUGCUGAAGAAUUAAAGGCGAAUGCUCUCCGAUUCAUCAAAGAGAAUUAUUCCAAUUGCGGGAAUUAUGAAAAUACAGAGAUGUGGAAAAUAUUGACCGAAUCUCGCCCUACUUUGAUGAAAGAUAUGUUAGCUGUGGUUUUUGAAAAGUAAAUAGGCCUAUUGUUUUUUGACGAGUCAAGUUGAAGACUGAAUCGUGGCAAGUCAAAUGAAAAUAAUUGAACUUGUUAGAUAUAUACCUACGACCUACGUAAAACUUUGCAUAUUAUUGGUUUAUUUCGUUGCAACCUUUUUUUGCAUUUUGUGUUUACAUUUUAUGGUGGUAGGUUUUUUUAAACGUAUAAGAAUUGUGUUCUAAUUUUUGAUGAGUAACGGGUAAGUACUCAUCACGUAUUAUUUGUAUUCUGAAAAUUGAAUCGCAAGGAGUCAUAAAAUGAAAAAUACCUACACUUCUCGAUAUAACUUGAGGUAGAACGCAUUUACGAUUUAGGUAUUAUUUUUUUUCACAUUUUAUAGUAUAUUUUUUUAUUGUUUUGGUGUGGUAUUAUUUUCAACUGUAAGGUUACCUAUCAAUACUUUAUCUGUAUAAUUUUUACUCAUCAUAUAAUUACUCGUAUAAUUGAUAGACGCGUAACUAUGGCGAAUUUAUUUUUUCUUUGCUAGUUCGUAAUUAAAAUCAAGUGUUCUUAUUCCGUUUUUUUUUAACGUCUUUGGUUUUUUCCAAGUGUCCUUUGAAUACUUUUACUCGUGAUGUGAUUUUGUUAAUGUUAGAAAUUUAAUUCUUUUUUUUUCAACAUCUGAAAUAAUAGGAAGGUAGGGUAUCUAUACAUAUAGUAUCUACAUCAUCUCAUUCAUAACCAGAGCUAAUUCCUUCUUCCUGCUGUCACGUCAAGAUUAGACUGCUUCUUGUCCGAAUAGUCUGCAGUCCAACUGGUAAAUGUGCUUUAAAAAUUUGAAUUUGAAUCAUUAGGGUGUGGAUCGCAAAAAAAUUGUGGGAAAAUUUCGACCAAAUUCAGCAAAGACCUUCAUUUUGAGUUGAAAUUUACUUGAAAAAAAAUUUGAGUUCCUGAGAUACCUCUGGAGGGGAGUUAUAGGUCCUUAAAGAGGAGACAUUUACGAAACAAUCGUAUUAUUUUUGAAAUGACCCCUGCCAAAAAUUGUUUAAUUCUUGCUGUUUAACAGAAAUUCUCGCCUUUUAGCGAAAUCGCUGAAAACUGUCUUUUUCUUCACUAAAAUUACCCCAUAUUAUCGUUUUUUUUUUUUUUUUUU